CGCAGCUGACUGACGUCGAGGGGCCGCAAAUGCACCGCGCUUACAGCAAUUCCAGCUAUGCUUUGGUUUCUCACCCAAUCGCCAAAGCCUAUCUGGAUUGUGGUCUCGACGUCUGACCAGAGCUGAGCAGCAGAGAACCGAUGAAGAAAAGCCCGAUUGGAUCCUUUUUUCUUAAAGAAAAUUUUAUUAACUCUUAUCAUUACAUCAAGAUGAUAUAAAUAAAUAAGAGUAUAUCUCUGAUUUUUGCAUAGCUCAAAUACACAUAAAUUGUAUCUAGGUGAAUAGUAUCAAUGGGUGGUGGAUCAUUUUUAAAAGCCUGACUGCCUGAGCAUGUUUGCUAAUCACGUCCACGAUCGACCAUUCCCUCCUUCUUUGUUUAUUCAAACAGAAAAAAAAAUCGAAAAACAACGAGCUGUCUGCCAUUGUUUCUCUCUGCUCUCUCACGUUGUGCAGAGUAGCUCACAGGGAGAAAAAAAGGGAAGAAACUGCUGGCGGGAACAAGGAGGUGGUUGUUAGUUGCCUUAAAAAGGAAAAAAAAUCAGGUCAGUUGACAGCAUCAGAAGAGAAGAGUACAAGAGGCCUUAGCCUGUCAUUGUUUCUCUCACGUUGGAAUCGGCAAAGCUUCUUUCUUUCCUUCUCUGCUAUCUUGUUGCUGCGUCGCGUCGUCCAACUCGUCACUUCUCUCCCCUCCCCCUUCGCAGUCUCCCUCUCCUGGCAAUUGGAAUUUUCAUGUCCUGAGCACCGCUCCUCUACGCUCUUCUUCAAGCAGGUAUUUGAGAACUAGUUUCAAGGCAUUUAGGAAAGACUGUCUUAGAGGAUGUAUAGGGCUAAGAGAUCUGCUUCACUUAAAGUAAAGCGCCGCGUUGGGAAGUAUGAGCUCGGACGCACAAUUGGGGAAGGAACCUUUGCAAAGGUCCGGUUUGCAAAGAACAUGGAGACCGGGGAUCAUGUUGCUAUCAAGAUCCUUGACAAGGCCAAGGUUCAGAAGCACAAAUUGGUUGAACAGAUUAGGCGGGAAAUUUGUACUAUGAAGUUAAUCCAGCACCCCAGUGUUGUUCGCCUGUAUGAGGUGAUGGGAAGUAAAACAAGGAUUUACAUUGUUCUGGAAUAUGUAAUAGGAGGAGAGCUACAUGAUAUCAUUGCCACAAGUGGAAGAUUGAAGGAGGACGAAGCACGCAGAUACUUUCAGCAGUUGAUAAAUGCUGUAGACUAUUGCCAUAGUAGGGGCGUAUACCACAGAGACUUGAAGCUAGAGAAUUUGUUACUUGAUAUUUCUGGAAACCUCAAAAUUUCAGAUUUUGGGUUAAGUGCUAUAUCUGAGCAAGUGAAGGCUGAUGGAUUACUGCAUACUACAUGUGGAACGCCUAACUAUGUUGCUCCAGAGGUUAUUGAUGACAAGGGCUAUGAUGGUGCCCUUGCAGACCUUUGGUCAUGUGGGGUAAUCCUUUUUGUGCUGCUUGCUGGAUAUCUGCCUUUUGAGGAUGACAAUGUCGUAUCCCUUUAUAACAAGAUCUCAGGAGCUCAGUUUACUUGUCCAUCUUGGUUUUCUGCUGGAGCUAAGAGGCUGAUCACCAGAAUUCUCGAUCCUAAUCCGUCAACUCGGAUUACAGUUUCUCAAAUACAAGAAGAUCCAUGGUUCAAAAAGGGCUACAAGCCACCUGUUUUUUAUGAGAAAUGUCAAGCUAGUUUAGAUGAUGUUGACGCUGCUUUUGGGGACUCAGAGGAACAUCAUGUGACAGAGGAAAUGGAAGGACAGCCAGCCUCGAUGAAUGCAUUUGAGUUGAUUUCACUGAACAAGGGGCUGAAUCUGGAGAAUUUGUUUGAAUCUGAUAAGUACAAGAGAGAAACGAGAUUUACAUCGCAAUAUCCUCCAAAAGAAAUCAUCAAUAGGAUAGAAGAAGCUGCUAAGCCACUUGGGUUCGAUAUCCAAAAGAAAAGCUACAAGAUGCGAAUGGAGAACCCGAAAGCUGGAAGAAAAGGAAAUCUAAACGUUGCAACUGAGGUUUUCCAAGUGGCUCCAUCCUUACAUGUGGUUGAGCUGAAAAAGGCGAAGGGAGAUACCCUGGAGUUUCAAAAUUUCUACAGAACUCUGUCGACGGAGCUGAAGGAUGUCGUUUGGGUGAGCGAUGAUGUGGUCGAAGACAGAAGCUCCACUGCAUGAAGCAGUUGCAGACUUUAGGCUUUCAGAACUUAGUGUUAGCUCUCCCUGUACAUAGGUUUUGUCCGUUCCAACAGAUUCGUUUGUUGCUUAGUGUAUAUAGGCUUAGCCAUUUUAGGGCAAGGAAACAACAUUGUCGCCGUCCUCUCCAUUUUCAUGAAGUACCGGUUCUGGUGACUAAGACCUGCUAUGGAUGGUCUCGAAGGAAUAAAGUUGUAGAUGAAACGUAGGUCAUAAGGUUGGAUUGUUGUAGUGAAACACUGGAUAUUGUAUGUGGCUAUCCGUAUUCGUUGGUUCAAUUUUCUCUGAUUUUGAUGUUA